GGAGCCGUCGCCGAUUGGCCGGCUGCACUCGAAUGAUCUGUUCGGAAUUCAGCCGGAGUACAGGAGUGAUGCAGUGUGGGUGUAUAAGACAGCAUGAGCCCCACAUCAGACUCCUUUACCCAUCACACAAAGUGUGUGUUUCACGUGCCUGUGGACAAGUGAAGCUGAGGAAAACGUGCAGCCAGAGAGUUUGAGUGAUGGGCGGCGGAGGGCAGCAGACGGACCGGGUGUCCGGUACCGAGCGCAGGUCCGGUUCUUACAGCUGGGAGGAGGUGCAGAAACACACGAAGCGCGGGGAUCAGUGGAUCGUGGUGGAGAGGAAGGUUUAUGAUGUGAGUCAGUGGGCGAAGAGACACCCUGGAGGACUGAGGAUUCUCGGACACUAUGCCGGAGAAGAUGCGACGGAGGCGUUUACUGCGUUUCACCCAAACCUCCAGCUGGUGAGGAAGUACAUGAAACCGCUGUUAAUCGGUGAGCUGGAGGCGUCUGAACCCAGUCAAGACCGGCAGAAGAAAGCCGCUCUUGUGGAAGAUUUCCGAGCCCUGCGUGAGCGUCUGGAAGCUGAGGGCUGUUUUAAAACCCAGCCCCUGUUCUUCAUCUUACAUCUGGGUCACAUUCUGCUCCUGGAGGCCGUUUCUCUGCUCUUGUUGUGGUACUUUGGAACCGGCUGGAUCAACACGGCUGUGGUCGCUGUUUUACUGGGUACAGCACAGUCUCAGGCUGGAUGGCUGCAGCAUGACUUUGGUCACCUGUCCGUGUUUAAAACAUCACGAUGGAAUCAUUUAGUGCACAAGUUUAUCAUCGGACAACUGAAGGGCGCGUCCGCCAACUGGUGGAACCAUCGACACUUCCAGCAUCACGCUAAACCCAACAUCAUCACGAAAGAUCCAGACGUCAACAUGCUCAAUGCGUUUGUGGUGGGAGAUGUUCAGCCGCUGGAGUACGGGAUUAAAAAGAUCAAACAUUUGCCCUACAACCAUCAGCACAAGUAUUUCUUCUUCAUUGGACCGCCUCUGCUCAUCCCAGUGUAUUUCCAGUUCCAGAUCAUUCACAAUAUGAUCGCGCAUGGUCUUUGGGUGGACUUUAUUUGGUGUGUAAGUUACUACGUUCGAUACCUCCUGUGUUACACACAGUUCUAUGGCUUCUUUGGAGCGGUGCUUCUGUUCAACGUCGUGAGGUUCAUCGAGAGUCACUGGUUUGUGUGGGUGACACAGAUGAGUCACAUCCCCAUGAACAUCGAUCAUGAGAAGCAUCAGGACUGGUUUAGUAUGCAGCUGGUUUCAACCUGUAACAUUGAGCCUUCCUCCUUCAACGACUGGUUCAGUGGACACCUCAACUUUCAGAUUGAGCACCAUCUUUUUCCCACAAUGCCCAGACACAACUACUGGCGCGCCGCCCCUCAAGUCCGGGCCCUAUGUGAGAAACAUGGAGUAAAGUACACUGAGAAGACAUUGUUCCGGGCUUUUGCGGACGUCGUCGGGUCUUUGGAAAAAUCCGGAGAACUCUGGCUGGACGCUUACCUUCACAAAUAAACAAACCCCUCCCAUUUAAACCACAACUUCGACCAAUCAGAAUGAAGAAUUUAUAGGCGUGUCAGUGGACUGACAGUGAUUGAGUAGUUUAUUAGCUGUUAAGGAUGGCACUAAACCACCGGUUGAUCAGUUUACUCAAGUGAUGUCGAGCACUUUUGUUUUUGAUAUUGUGUUUGGGAUUGGAAUGUAAUUGGCACUUUAAAUGUGAUGAGACUGAAUUGGCUUUUAAUAAAGGAUGUUGAGAAAGUU